UCCCAUCCUGUCUUAUCACAAAUACUGGAAAAAAUGGCGACGAGUAUACUGCGGUUCCCACUGCGGCUUUCCACCAGAAAUACGGGGAUAAUGAGCCGUAACACCGGCUUGAAAACUGCAAACAUAUCCAGGACGACUCAAAGCAGGACCGCAGUAUCAACAGCGUCGGGGGCAAUCUUACCGAAACCGGAUAAAACACCGUUUGGUCUUAUCCGCAUGACAGUAGUUGUGGUGCCUUUCCUGUAUGUGGGAACUCUCAUCAGCAAGAACUUUGCCGCUCUCUUGGAGGAGCACGACAUCUUUGUCCCUGAGGACGACGACGGCGAUGACUGAGCUAACUUCAGAAAAGAAAUGGGUGCUUUGCAAUACUGGCUGAAAGCAUACCAGCAGGCCCAAGGAAGAUGGGGCACGUUGAUAUCCUAAUUCAUCCUUUUACAUCCACCCAUCUUUUUCCUCUCUCCUGUGCUAUUUGUUGUUUUCACAAAAUUCAUAAAAAAAAGAAAUCAUUAUGUGAGGCUAUCAAAACUUCACGCCUUCACUCUUGUUUGCAUGUUUGUGUCUGUCACUCAAUAAACGGAGUCGAUUACA